AUGUUUCAGAUGGGCUCUUAUCCAGGCACCUUGUUCCUUGUGUCCUUCUUCCACUUCAGCCACCCUUGGUCAGUGAAUAAUUUCCUGAUGACUGGUCCCAAGGCAUACCUCAUCUAUUCCAGCAGUGUUGCAGCCGGUGCACAGAGUGGUAUCGAGGAAUGUAAGUUCCAAUUUGCUUGGGAUCGCUGGAACUGUCCUGAGAGAGCUUUGCAACUCUCCAGCCAUGGAGGAUUGCGCAGUGCAAACCAAGAAACAGCAUUUGUCCAUGCAAUCAGCUCUGCUGGAGUCAUGUACACGCUGACACGCAACUGCAGCCUUGGGGACUUUGACAACUGUGGAUGUGAUGAUUCCCGCAACGGACAACUUGGAGGACAAGGAUGGCUGUGGGGAGGCUGCAGUGACAAUGUGGGCUUUGGGGAAGCCAUUUCAAAGCAGUUUGUGGAUGCACUUGAGACAGGGCAGGAUGCCAGAGCAGCAAUGAACCUCCAUAACAAUGAGGCUGGUAGAAAGGCAGUGAAAGGGACCAUGAAGAGGACCUGCAAAUGUCACGGCGUGUCUGGCAGCUGCACCACCCAGACUUGUUGGCUGCAACUGCCUGAGUUUCGAGAAGUGGGGACCUACCUAAAGGAGAAAUACCACAAAGGACUGAAAGUGGACUUACUCCAAGGGGCAGGCAACAGUGCUGCUAGCCGGGGGGCAAUUGCAGAAACCUUCAGCUCCAUCUCCAAGAAAGAGCUAGUCCAUCUAGAAGACUCACCUGAUUACUGCCUGGAGAACAAGACUUUGGGCCUGCUGGGGACUGAAGGCAGAGAGUGCCUGAAGAGGGGUAAGGCCCUGAGCAAGUGGGAGAAGCGCAGCUGCCAGCGUUUGUGUGGAGACUGUGGGCUGGCUGUGGAGGAACGGCGAGCCGAGAUGGUGUCCAGCUGCAACUGCAAGUUCCACUGGUGUUGUGCUGUUCGUUGUGAACAGUGCCGCAAGCGUGUUACCAAAUAUUACUGUGUGCGCAAGGAGAAGCGGGAGCGCGGUGGGGUCAGUGCAGCCUCCCGCAAACUCAAAAGGAAGCAGCCCUAA